CUGGCGUUGUGCGUUGAUAGUCACGUGACCAACAGCUGUCUCUGACAGUGCAACAAUAGCUGGGGUUUUUACCCGAUUUUGAGGUUAUUGCUUGUCCGGAGAUCGUUUGAACUCGUAAUUUUUAUUGUACGAAAGGCAGGUGAACUCGGAUACAUUUUUGAGGUAGUAUUCGACCUUCCUGGUGUUCAUUCCUUCACCAGUUUUUUUUAUCCGGAGCGAGUAUUAGGGCUGUUGACAGCUAUUUCGUGUGUGGACGUUUUUUUGACAAAAGUCGAAUUUUUCAAUCUUCGACGGUUUUUUAUUUGUUUGACGGCAUCGCGAUUGAAAUUGUGACGAUUUCGUCCCACAUAUAUUAGGAAUGACGUGCGGGUGGUAAGCUGAAGUUGUCAGUUGAAGUUGCGCGGAAGUGUCUCACGAAAUUUUCAUUUGAAAGUUAUACAGGCAAAUUUAAAAUGAAUUACUUUCAUGCGAUUUGUUUAGUGUGGUUCAGCUUGACAGUUUCAAGAUCUCAAGAAGACCUUCUACCGCCGUGUAACAGCGACAUUUACUGUCAUGGACGUUUGUUGGACACCAUCCAAAUGGCCAGAAUAUACGAAGAUUCCAAAACAUUCGUAGACAUGAAAAUGAAACGUCCCCCAAAUGAAACCCUGCAGUCCUUUGAUGAGUUCAUGACACAAUACCAACAGAAACCCUCACGGGAAGACGUUAGGGAAUUUGUUAAGAAGCAUUUUGAGGAGGCAGGUAUGGAGUUUGAGGAAUGGGAUCCCAAGGAUUGGACACCAGACCCGAAAUUCGUUGACGAUAUCCAAGACGUUGAAUUGAAGAAGUGGGGGAAGGAAUUGAACGAGAUUUGGAAGAUACUGGGUAGGAAAAUGAAAGAUGAGGUAAAAGAAAGGCAGAAUCUUUACAGCAUCAUAUGGGUCCCUAAUCCAGUGAUAGUACCUGGAGGAAGAUUCAGAGAAUUCUACUAUUGGGAUUCCUACUGGAUAGUUCAAGGACUUCUUCUAUCAGAGAUGCACGAGACAGUCCGGGGAAUGUUAGAAAACUUUUUGUACAUAGUCGACACUUACGGACACAUUCCUAACGGUGGUAGAGUAUACUACCUAGCCAGAUCGCAACCUCCAUUGCUUCUUCCCAUGGUCAAACUCUAUUACGACACAACCAAAGAUCUAGACUUCGUCAGAAGGAAUAUCCACAUCAUGGAGAAAGAAUUCAACUAUUGGAUGAACAAUCAUACUACUAUCGUUCAGAAAGAUAGAAAGAACUACACUUUAGCUAUCUAUGGAGAUAAGUCUUACGGACCUAGGCCAGAGUCUUAUUCUGAAGACGUGGAGAGCGCGGCGAUCUUCAAAGAAGCCGACAAGAAGGAAGCGUUCUAUUCGGAACUAAAAGCUGGAGCUGAGUCAGGUUGGGACUUUUCUAGUAGAUGGUUUGUUGCAAAUGGCACAAACAAAGGUGAGCGGAAUUCAGGCAACUUAACCGAUAUCAAAACUAGAUCCAUCGUUCCUGUAGACUUGAACGCCAUGGUAUAUUGGAACGCAGUCAUUUUGAGCGAGUUUCAUGCUUUAUUACACAACUACGACAAGGCUGAGAAUUAUUCAAAGAUAGCAAACCAGUGGAUGGAAGCUGUUGAAGCUGUUCUCUGGCAUCAAGACAUUGGAUCAUGGCUGGACUAUGAUCUGUACAACAGCGUCCCCAGGAACUACUUCUAUCCAACCAACAUAUCUCCUCUUUGGACCCACUGUUAUAACCAGACCCAGAAAGAAAAAAUAGUUAGAGCUGUGCUGAAGUACCUUCAGGAUAAAAACGUACUAUAUCCUGGAGGAAUUCCAUCAACACAUGAGCACACUGGGGAACAAUGGGAUUAUCCCAAUGCGUGGCCACCGCUACAGCAUUUGAUGAUCAUUGGGUUGAACAACACUGGAGAUGACCAUGCUGUUAGGUUGGCAUUCGAAAUUGCCGAGAAAUGGGUCAGGUCCAACUACAAGGCCUUCAAAGAGACUGCUGCCAUGUACGAAAAGUACGACGCGACUGUGCCAGGCGGUCAUGGCGGUGGAGGUGAGUACGAGCUGCAGCUGGGUUUUGGCUGGACCAAUGGCGUCAUUAUGGACCUUUUGGCCAAAUACGCCAACCAGUUGACAGCUGAAGACCCACCCGCAGUCGUCCGGGCAGAAGCCAUCACCCAGGAGCAUUCGGCGUCCAUGGUUUCUUCCAGUAUUAGCUCAAUCACCACGGCGUUACUAGCUCUGCUCAUCUCGCUUACGGCAGGAUUCAUUGGGUGAGGGUCCAUUAUACUAUGGUUUAGUUUGCUCUAUGAGUGAUAGCGCGUGUGAUACAACGUUGCCAAAGUGCUGUGAGGUGGCUUGGAUUUUUUAUAACUUUACCAGCUCAGGGAGAGCGUUCGCUUUCAUAUACCAGUUCCUUUUUUGUGCAUAUUCCUUAAAUAUUUUAUUCUGCGCAAAGUGUAGCUCGACACGUGUGAUAUUAUGGGUAUUUUAGAGAUUAACAAUGAUAUUUUUAUAUUAGAGAUUUUUAUAAAUUUCCGUUGCGAUCUCGCAAGAUGAUGACUUAAGUAGUCGGGAAUGCAAUCUGACAUAUUAUUUUCCUUUGGCAUGCAAUCAGAACAAAACUUUUUGUGUGGCUCCAUAAACUUUUACUAUUUUUAGGACCUAGGACAAAAAAAAAUUAAAUUAUAGAUUGGCAUUACUUUCGUAUAUAUAAUAUAUUUACUGUUUUUUCGUAUAUAAUAGCUUUAAGAACAUGCUUCUUGCUUAAGUAGCCCAAAAAGACCUUAAGUGCCAUACUUCCAUUGUGGUAUUCUGUAUAGUAGGAACAAUAUAUAGUGCUUAUAUAAUGAUCGUUUUGACGAAAAAGUAUAAAUACUUUUGAAGAGUUGCCUGAAUUUUUGGGCACAAAAUUAAAUUAUUCCAAAUGCUUCCUUUUCAACUUUUUAGAUUGUAUGCCACUGGAAAUGAUGUUUGGUCACGAUGUAAGGCUGAUUUUAGUGAAACUAGAAGAGAUGUCAGAGUUUAUUUUUCUGAAAAUAAUUAAAAAAACAUUCCAAUUGAACCACGCUUAUGUGUUUCAAAUUUCUAAAUUUUGGGUGAUAUCGUAUACUAAACUGUUUGCCCGAUGAUGCUUUUGCUCUAACACUUUUUAGGCUGAAUCAAUGACAUUCUGCUGGUCGCAUCUAAUAUUUUGUAAACUAUGUGUCAUACCUUACAUAUCAUAAACCUUCCAAUAACAUUUAUUCCUAUUAAAUAUAGUUCAUCCCUUCAAAAUUGAGGUAUCAUAUUACAGUGAAACUAGGUGCUGUCACAGUCACAUAUUUGGAGCGCCCAUGGAAUUAACGGUAAGUCCAGACGUUAAAAGAUGCAUUUUACUAUAUUUCCUGCAUUAUUAACUAUUUCAUAAAAUGCGUUUUGGGAUUUAAGCAAAUAUUGUUUCCAAAACCACAGCUGUGAAACUGAUAAAUACACUUUUUCAAUUUGUUGAAAGCAGUGGCGGCGUGUGAGUGUACAGCAAUAAGGUUCAGAUUUUAAAUUCAAGAGAUGAUGAAUUGGUAUCAAUGGUGAAAGGCUGGACUAUAGCUCGAAUUUUUCCUUAUUUUCCACAUUUUACCUAGCAUGUAUGCACACUGCAUGUUUCCCAGAUUUUUGAAUGAUUGAUCUCAAUUUUUUUAGGUUAAAACACGUUUCGUUUUUCUGAUAAAUUGUUUUUGUGUGAUAUCCUGAAUUACUUUAUCUUUUGGCAGAAAUUUAAAAUAUGUUUACCAAAUCAGCAGUUUCAGAUGACCUUGAUUCAAACGUAUGAUUUUACGAACAUUCAUGUCUUUAAAUUUUAGAUUUCUUUAAUUCGGUAUCAUAUUUCAAUCAAAUUUUACUAAAACAACACUAUCAAUUUCAUGAUAUAUUGAGAUGAAGUGUUUUGAAUGCAUAUAUUUUGUUGUGUGAUUGAUAUUUUCAUUAAUUUUUUCUGAAGAAAUUUGUAUGCGAAAUUUCGAAGAUUGAGAUGCUCAAUCCAACUCCAAAAAUAUUCGUGUUUUACCUCUUAAUACAUUAAACAUAUCAAUUGACGCAUUUCUUGUCAUCUCACACAAAAACCAUUUAUUGACUAAAUUAACUGGACUACAAUGUUAGAGUAAAGUGCUAAAGGGUACUAGCCGCACACUUUCCUGAGAUAAAUAUCUUACUUAUAGUGCAUCUUAUUCGUAGUAUAACUAUAUAGUCUUUACAUUUUUAUAGUUUCCAAGUGCAUUUAGCUAUUGCAUUGUGAUUAUUUUGUAUUAUGUUUGGUGCUAUGACUCAAAAAUUUACAUCACUACGUACCUGCUGAGCAUGCUGGACAUGCAUUUUGUACUUCGGGAGUGUGUCAGGGACCGAAAGCCUGCUUUCACUUAUUUAUAUAUACAGAACAUAAACCCUUUAAAUUUUAGAGAAUGAUAAAAGCUAUAGUAAAGUUCCAAAAUGAACAUAAAGCAUCGUACGCUACUGUAAAAAUCACGAAUCAGCAGUGGCGUAUGUUGAGUUAUGUUACUGUCUUCCAUUUCAGUACCUGAUCAUUGUUGACUAUUUUUUGAAUUCUCAAUGUUUUUAUGACUCGGAUGUUAGAGCUACAUCUCGCUUUCUUUUUUAAUUGGUGUAACUGUUAUGUCUGAUAUGUUUUGUUGUGAAAAUGGUAGCUUUAGUGGCUCUAUACACUCCCUUGAUAUUUUAACUAAUUUUAACCUAGUAGAAUUAUUGUAUAAAUGUAGUUGAUAUUUCAAUAAAUUAAACUCGACUGA